UUGUUUGUUUUGUUUACAAUUAACUCGCUCGCGCUGGAAAUCCUUGAAGAUCCACCCCGAAAGUCAGCGUUUAGUGGACAGUGGAGCCGUUCGAGCUGGGGAGAAACGCCCCAUGAGCAGUCUUCCGCCGAAAUCGAAGCCGGUCGCGUGUUUUCUCGCCCGAGAAUCCCCAGAAUUUCCGAGAAUAGCUAUUUAUGGCUUCGAAUGCGCAACUCGGAAAACUCAUUUUGUUAGCCGCAAUCGCCGUGUUCUUCUACUACUCAUUCUGGGUGGCCGUCCUGCCGUUUAUGCUCAUCGAUGAAGGUAAUCCCAUUCGCCUGUUCUUUCCUCCGCUGAAGUACGCUUUUAUAGUGCCCACUGUGUUCGGGGUGAUCUUCCUCGGCGGCAUCGCCGCGUUCUCCUUCUAUCACAUCUGGAGCCUGCGGGUGAAGCGCGAUUAAGGGGUUAUCCGGGGGUUAUCACUCCCGUGGCGAACGUAAGUGAGUGAUUCCGCUGGAAGCGAAAACAGGGAAUAAACCGCCGAUAAUCAGUCGAGG